AUGGGGAAAAUCCCUCCUUCAUACAUUUUUGCAGCUCUUCUUCCUGCUGUGAUGAUUGCAGGGCUUUACUUUUUUGAUCAUAGUGUUGCUUCUCAAUUGGCACAACAAAAGGAGUUUAAUCUUAAGAACCCUUCAGCAUAUCACUAUGACAUCUUGUUGCUUGGAUUUAUGACUUUACUUUGUGGAUUACUUGGGCUUCCUCCCUCAAAUGGGGUUUUACCACAAUCUCCAAUGCAUACUAAAAGCCUUGCAGUUCUUAAGAGGCAGUUGAUAAGAAAAAAGAUGGUUGAAAGUGCUCAGAAAAGCAUAAAAAAGAAAGCUACCAACUCAGAAAUCUAUGUCCAAAUGCAAGAUAUGUUCAUAGAAAUGGAUGGUAGCCCAGCUGCUAGUCCACUAGAGAUGGAUGUAGUGGUGAAAGAACUAGAAGAUUUAAAAGAGGCAGUUAUGAAAGAAAAUAACAACAAAGAAAAUGAAAAUGAAGAAGAGAAAUUUGGUCAUCUUGAGAAGCACAUUGAUUGUUAUCUUCCAGUUAGAGUAAAUGAGCAAAGAGUGAGCAAUCUGCUACAAUCAGUCCUAGUGGCUGCAUUAAUUUUUGCAAUUCCAUUGGUCAAGAGCAUCCCAACUUCUGUGCUUUGGGGAUAUUUUGCUUAUAUGGCCAUUGAUAGUCUCCCUGGAAACCAAUUUUGGGAAAGGAUUUUGCUCCUCUUCGUCAUGCCCAGUCGACGUUACAAGUAA